UCCCUCAUUUUCCUCCUCCAGUUAUAGCAAGACUGUCCACUGAAUGAGUGGCUUGUCAGAUCACCUACAUCCAGGCCAAACUGGGGCUCCAGUGGGCUGUGGGGGGACUCAGGCCGAGGAAAAAGGGUGUGUGGGGGGGCUGGAGGGGCUAGACGGGCCUGAGCUCUGGACCAGGGAGCUCAGGCUCCAGGAUGGGUCCCAGGCUCCCUCUAAUGAUGGACUGGUGCCGGUGACCCCCGACCAUUUUACCACCUCCUCUGCUUCCACCCUGGCCAACGGCCUCCAUCUACAGAGAAGGCUGGGGCACGGCCCCUGCCGGCGGAGGCAGACAGAGACGCACACUACCGCUGACACACAUACAUUUGCAGAGACACUCAGAAACAUGCAAACGCACAUAGACCCAGAUGUGCAUGAACAGGCACAUCUGGAUAAUUGUGGAAACAUUGAUAUGAAUGCACAUACGGGUUCUGUAGGACCAGAAAACUCCAGAAGUCUCUCACCAGAGGCCAUACACACAACAUCACCUCAACCCCUGUCUUUGGCACUUGGCAAUCAUCCUGCCUCUACCAAUCAACUGACAGCCUCAAUUCUCACUGCAGAAACCGACAUACCCCCAAACCUUUGUGCAAUCCCUAUUGGUCCAAAUGCAAAUACAGGCUCUUCUCCUCUUCCUGUUGAGGCAGAAAAGAAGUAUGCACUCCGCAGCUCUGGGCGUCCCCGCUUCCCUUGUCACCUGCGCAAAUCCUCCCGUCUUCGCCGAAGCACAGAGGAUGGGGAGAAGAGAACAGAGAGGGAAAAGGGAGGAGAGGAGGAAGAUGAAGCAUUAGAGGAAAAGAUCUGGAGGGUUAAGGAGGAGGAGGUGGUUGCUGUCAAGAAAGAAGAGCAUUUAUCUGUUGAAACUGUUCUCCCUACCCCUCCCUGCCCUACAGAUAUUGCUCUCGCUCUAACAGUACCUAAACAAGUCCCUAAACCCAUACCUAAACCUGGGCCCAGACUUGGCCAUAAACCUGGACCUAAAUCUAGGUCAAGGCCUGCACCGAAAUCGGUCCAUAAAGCAGGUCCUAAAAGUGUCAUGAAACAACGUCAGGCAGCCCAGGCCAUCCAUCAUCGUGCUACCCCUCAUCUGCCAUUUGCAAAUACAUCCACCAUAACUGCAUCUCGGCUAACUGUGAAGGAGGCACCUGUUACAGAGGUGGAGGUAUCGCCUUCCAAUAACCGGAGGCGUGGACGUUUUGUUGGCGUGAGGAAGAUUGUUGUGAAGGUGGCUCGCAUUCCUGUUAGCCUUAGCCGCCGACAGAAGAGCUACAAGAUUUCCAAUUUGGAGACAGUUACUGGGACAGAGAAAGGUAAUGAUGGCGGUCUGGAGGGAGAGACAGUUCGAGAGCCGACCGCGCUUCUUCGCAUGAAGAACAAUGGGAAGAGUGUUAUGGUAAUGUUCCCUCCUGGAGAACUGCCUGUUAUUCUCAAACGCAGGCGGGGACGACCACCUAAACAGCCUCUACCAGUAAUACCGGGAGAGCCUCCGAAUACUGGGAAUGCUGGGAAUGCUGGAGGUAAUGGAGACCAGCCCAAGAAGCCCCGGAGGCGGCGUCGGACUAAACUCCCAUCCCCCUUUCCAUCGUAUGUCAAUGAUACUAAUGAUGUGAAAACGGAGUAUGGGGAUGUUCUGUCCAAACUUGCCUUUAGUGGUCGCUGCUCACCUCCUCGCUGCUGGACACCAAGUGAGCCAGAAAGCUUUCAUACCCCCUUAGAAAACCCUGGAAUAUCCACCCUGCUCCACCGGCUCACUGGUUUUAGACGCCCACGAGGUGGCAGAGGAGGGGGCAUUGGAAGAGGUGGAGGAGCAGCAGGGGGAAUUGGGGGCAAUGAGCACAAUAAGAGCACCUUUAGUGACUUCUUUGAAUCCAUUGGCAAGAAGCGAAAACUGAGCCCCAUGUCUGAGCAUGGAUUACCUAGGAAAAGGGGUAAGGGUGGAGGUGGGGUUGGUAGAGGAGGGGGUAUGGUAGGAACUGAGCCUGGGGGAGAGAAAAUAGUCAAAAGGAGACGUGUGAGGAAAAAUGGUGCAUUUAAAGGGGAGGGGGUGUCUAUAGGGCAAGACUGGCCUAAUGGGGCAGGUGGCUGGGGGGAAGAGGGGUGUAUGGACAAGGAGAAAAGUCUGGGUGGGUAUCAGCUCUGUGGAUCUCCAAGGGGGGGCUUUUCCUCCUGUGAAAUCGGGAGAGGUGCCUACAGCAGUCAAGGAGGAAGCAGAGGGGGUGGGCCAGCUGGGGAGGACUCACAAAGCCUUUUUGCUGGAUAUUUUCGGUCACUGCUGGACUCGGAUGAUUCGUCAGAUCUUUUGGACAUCUCCUCCUCGCAAUCAAACCCCCGCAAAGCGUCAUCCACCCCAGGUUAUGAGCCAUCCAGUCCAGCUACUGGCCAAAGCUGGUCUCCUGCAGCUUCCUUCCCCAAGUGGGCCAACAAAGGUCUAGGCUCUGGGGUGGAGGGUUCAGCCCAGACACAUUGCUCCUCAGCAAGGCCUCCAUACAGUUAUGGCAGCCUGGCCCAAACAUCCCCCACCACUUCUACCUAUCCCAAAUCCACUCCUCCAUCUCUUUCACACUCUCCCAGCUCCCCCCACCCCACCUCUUAUGGCCACUACUCCUCUGGCUAUUCCUCCUCUUCUCCUGCAGGAGUUGGUGCAGUGCCACAGAGAUCAUCAGACUGCAGCUUUGCAUAUGGGGCUGGACACAACAAUGGCAAGGUUGGUCAGAUGGGUUAUUCUAACUACCAGGCAGCCAAGAGGGGCUAUAGUGGAUAUCCUGCAGCAGGUCAUUCCUCCAUGGUGCGGGGGGAGUCGACAGGACCCACAUCACCAGGAGGAGGGUUCAUGUCUGUUGCCAAAGGUAGCCCCUUCAGCUCCUCAUCUUCCCCAGAAGGUUUUAAACAGUACAACUGCAAUCAGUGGAGCUACAGACAAGGCUAUGGUGGCUGGCCAACAGACGGAUUUGGAUCUCAGUACCAUGGCUACAGUGAAUAUGGCUCCAAUGAGUCCAAAGACAUCUUGGAUAUCUCAAACUAUACCCCACAGAAGGCCAAGCGGAAUCCAUUUACUGAAAGUCUUUCAGAAUCCUCCUCUGACUCUUCACAUCUUGGCUCUGCAGUCACUGUUAGUGGACCUGCCCCCACAGGUGGCAUUUACAAACAGAAUGAGUCUGUUUCUGUUGGUGGAGAGGGAGGUCAAUCAAGCCUAUCCAGCCUGGAGAAGUUAAUGAUGGACUGGCAUGAGAGUGCUUCAGCACCCUCCUAUAACUGGAGCCAGAACGUCCUCUUCCAGGGUGGGGGAAACAGCAAGCCUGGCCGUGGUCGCAGAAAACGGACUGAAACACAAUCAGAAAAAGAAGGUGGUUCUGCUUUACAUUCGGAUUCCCCAUCCAGUCCCUCCCCAACGCCCACUCCAGGACCUAAGCGAGGGGUUGGAGGACGAGGCAGAGGGUCCAGAGGAGGCAGAGGGGGUCUGUCUCCAUGUCAGAGAGAUCGCCCAUCAGGGGCCAAAGGCAGGGGCAAGGCUGCCUCUAUAUCAGGAGUGGGAGCAGCAGGAACUACUGGAGGUCCAGAGGGGUGUGGGCUGUUCCAGGAGGGACUGGACUAUUACAGCGGAGAUAGUAGUAGUCUCUCUCCCCUGGCCACUCCCAAUCCUGCACCACCUUCCAGCUACCUCCAGGACCCCUGUGAGUACCCCUCCCCUUAUUCUGCCCACCCCUCCACACCUUCCUCAGAGGAACGAUAUCCAGCCUUGUACCCUGGAGAGUCCUCCUCUUCACUCUCACCCAGUGUUUCAUCCCCCCCUUACCCUCCCAAGCCUACACCCCCUCCACCCCAGUCUUACCACCCUGUGCCCUCCAGGACCUUCUCCCCCUCCUGCUCUCCUUCACCACGGGUAACACCCCACUGCGGCACUGCACUGAGUCCCUCUCAUCGUCCCCCUCCAAAAGAACCACAGUUCUCACAGUAUGACUCCCCCAGCUACUGCAGUUCCCCCUACUGGUAUGGACAGACAUCGCACAGCGGCAGCCCGAGCCCACACUCACACAGCGCACACUCAAACACAGCCGUGCACACACACAGCAACCCACACACAAGUCCUCAUGGAAAUACACAUGGAAAUCCACUGGCUAGCCCAAAUGCAAACACGCACACACAUAUGAACCCCACUCCCCAUGACACACACCAUCACAACACACAAGGCCAUACAAACCUGAGCUCACACACCAAAACCCAUCCCAACUCGCACCUUCAGAGCAACCCCCUUUCCCACUCAAACCUCCACACCAGCAAUCAGCCCCACCACAAUGCACACACAAAUCCCAACACUCACCUCCCCUCCCAUACACACUCCAACCCCAGUCCCAACCUCCACACCCACUCAACACCUUUGCUCUAUGAGGAGCGUAGCCCUCCCUCCACCAUGACUCCCCUGAAGCGGGAUCUGACUCCCCAUGCCAUAAGCACAGGCCAGCGCCAGGGCCCCUUGUCCCUCUCCCCAUAUCCCAAACCCCCCCUUGACUCUUCGCCCCAUCAGGAGGACACUACCAGCUACUCUCUGUCCCACCAAUCCUACCAAGGCAUGGGACACCGCUACCCCUCCCAGGCGGCUCAGGGGGGCGGAGUGCUGUGCCAGCUUCUGGACCCGACCAAUGAUGACAGCUUCAGCGUCACCAGCCUGUAA